AUGAGGGAUGAAAGCAUGCAGCUGUUUCUUGUUGGCCUCGUUCACGGUCUUGCAACGCCGGAGACGUCGUUCUUUAGCAGCGACCCAGCCGCCGAGCGACUUAAGAAGGCCUGCUACUUUCUGAUAAUGAGAAUUCUACAGCAUCCACAACCUACACCUACUAGCCCUCUCGUUCGCUGGGAUUUUGUUGCUGACUUCUGCCAUGCGUAUGAAAAGCGGCGAAUCGGCCAGGCCCUGCAGAGAUUGCCCCGGCAAGCAACUGACUUGCUAGAAGCAUCUCUAUCGGGGCUAAAAAAGGUUAUCGUGGACAAUCUGAAUUCAGGAACCCAGGGAGAUCUCAUAGUUGUGGAGAAGUAUCUCCACGAUGUAAACCCUUUGAUUUAUGCGUGGCCGGCUGCGGCCGCCUUGUUCUUAGCCGGCAGCGACUACAUCGAUGCACUGGUAGCCGCCUUUCGAAUUAUGACCUCAUCUCUACGCAAACAUGCUGUUACCAACGUGUACCUAUGCAUCAAGGGCCUUACUGAGGGCAGCACGCCGAAAUACUCACAGCUGAUAGACGCUCUUUAUUCUAUGCUUGGCGCUACCAAUGAGCAGAACGCGAGCACUGGCAAUGCCAACAACUCUUUAUUGAGUGAACUCGUCACGUCUUCACCAGUAUUGCUGCUUCUCCAUCAGAGAUCCGAGGGAAUAACAUCAUCAAAGAUACGGAUGAUUUCCGCUUUGAACGACUUGGCCAAACAUCGCAAUAUGAUAGGCGCCGGACUGCAGCUACCACAGAUGCGAAUCAGGACGAAACAAGAGAAGGGCAAAUCACCGGCAACGGCCAGCCCAGAAGAACGGAGAAGGCAUCUAUUUUCAGGCAUGAGCUAUAUCGAUCUCGCCCCGCACUCAACGCUACCACCCAACUAUCAAAAUGCAUUCAGUGAUGACAGUAUUGUUACACUAGCAGCAGAGACGCCCAAGUUACAUUUUGGCAAGCAGAAAUCGAAAAGGACAGCUGAUGAUGUCCUCCGGGACCGUUCGCAGGCGCCCCAAAAGGCAGCUAUACUUUCUGCCCUAGCAGCCUUUGAUUUCGACGAUGAUGAGCGAGAUGACACAUAUGACGCUGCAGACGUCGGAGGCACAGUCGAUAGCUCUACAGCCACAGGCAUUGAUGAUUUAGAGAGUGCCAAGGACGAAGCUCUUUUUGCUGCGUACCGGACGAACCCGACGGUAUUCGACCGGGAUAUGGCAACACGGCGGGGAGAGGCGCGUACGCGGCUGCGAGAUGACACGGAUAUGACAGAUGAGGCGAUCGAGGGAUGGGGAUUGAUGUUGUCACGUAAUCCGCAGCAGAAGCGAAGACUGGAGGCGAGGCUCAGCACUUUCACAGGAUCGCAGAUCGAGCUGGCGCGGACAUCCUGGAGAGCACACGACGGGGAAGAGGACGAAAAUAAGUCUGAUCUAGACGGGACACUCCCGUCGCGCGGUGGUGGCAGCACGGGAGGACGAGGCUCCUCGAGAGGUGGAAGAGGACCCGUACGGGGAGGAGGUGGUAGAAGCGGCAAUGUCGCAGGACCACCAGGAGAGAAGGAAACAGAGCAGGCGAGGAGGCGCAAGGAAGCCAGCAAGUCCAGUCGGGCCAACCACAGCCGCCGUGACCAACGAGCACGGAAGAUGGCUAGGGGAGGAUUUCCUGGCUGA